AUAGAUUUUGGUGAACUAAGCGCUAAGAUAUCGGGCGUCCUGGUGCAUAUAAGCCUGACUCUGAAGGGAUCUCCUCAAGGACCGACACCCCUUCCCCAAUAUCUGUCUUAGUAUACUUAUCAGCCUUGACCCUUGCCUGCUUGCUCCCAUUAUCCCGUUCAGCUCUACAUCAGCUUCCAUGGACAGCAACUCAGUGAUAGAAAUUCUGAACCGCAGAUAUGUAGAUAGGAAGAAGCUGGAUGAGGUUUUGAGCCGGCUAUUCGAACAAGGCACAUAUCAAAUCUACGUAAGCAAAUUACGGACCCCCUCCUCUCAGACCUUGCCUAACGCGACAUGUUAUUAAGUCAAUCGACAACGGAGCGUCUUUACAACUUAUUAUCCCUAGAAAACUCCGCUUGUCAGAGAAAGAGGAGUUCCGACAAUCGCCUCCGGCCGAGUAUUAAAACGAUGACUAGCCCACGUCUUUCGAGAGAAAUUUUCAUCGACAUAAAACGGGAGGUAGAAGCAUCCAAGGCGAUUGGUGGUUCGGCACACUUUGUCCCAAGCAAAAAGUUUCACGAUGCUAUUACGCAAAUAUCGAAAAGUCGAGGCUACGAUCUUGUGAGGGACAUGAUCGCAGCAACCUAUCGGGACAAUAAUUUCUUGGUGGGACGGCAGCAACUAGAAGACAUAAUAAUCCCGGGCGGCUUGAAAGUGUAUAUUGCCUUCAUAUUAGCGGACGAGGAAAAACUACUACCUAGAUUGGUAGCCUCUGGCCAAGGCCAAUGGAAAGAUGAUAUAAUAUUUUCUCUCACCCGCCAUGCGGACGUAAUGGUCCCUUUGACAGAAGUUCGACGGCGUAUUCUUACCGAGAAACUACGGCUUCUCAGUGCUCCAGUCCUAAAAGAGAAUACCUUCGGACAUUUUCACUCCUCGCAACCCCUUCCGUUCCUCACAGUAGCAGCCGUCAGAGAUCGUGGCCAAAAUAGCGUCACAAGCGUGGUCACGGUACCAUAUGAGCACAUUGAAUUUUCUACAGAAAAUAGUCUCAAAGCCCUCAUUGAGCAGACCCAAGAGUCAGGGAAAUGUGAGUCUUACUACAACAAGCCGAUAAAACGCGUCAAGCUUGUCCGUAAGGAGAUGGAAUAUAGCAAGACCGUAGAGAUGGAGCUUAAAACACUAAGGGGCCUGCCAAAACAUGAUAGCCUGCUUAGAUUAUUCUAUUCCUACGGAACAUACGAAGACGAUCCUGAGACCUUGAAAACACUAUACCUCCUAUUUCCUUACUACGACAUGACACUCGAAAGGCUUCUGAGGAGCGAGCUACUUGAGGAAUGGGAUGCAAUUGACCUUAUCAGUGCAUAUCACGGGCUCGUCGAUGGACUUGCAAUAUUCAGCGAGACCAAGUCGCCGAAUCCGGAAUCAGUUGUACCAGGCGUUGGUACACAUAACGACAUUAAGCCUACGAACAUUAUGGUGGAUACAGAGGCGAAGAAGCUAGUUUUGAUCGAUUUCGGCGAAGCUACAAUAAAACCUAUCACUACUAGUAUUAAAGAUCACCCAUCUGAGUUUAGCAACUCAUACUUAGCUCCAGAAGCUCUGUUGUCUUGCACGCGUUCUAAUGGGCCCAAAAGGGAUGUUUGGGCCAUAGGUUGCAUAUUCGCUGAGAUCAUCGUGUGUUUGGGCUCCCCUGGCAGGGCACAGCAAGCCCUGAAUUCUUUCAGAAAUAAUCGAAAACCGCCGAAAGGGAGUUACGAUCUAUUUUUCCAUUUCCCAGACCAGAACGACCAUCGCAAGCUUCAUCCUCAUGUUGACUCUACCUUUACGGAUUUGUUAGGCGAGUCUUCGACCACUGCGCUUAUUAGAAGCUGCAUACCAAUCGCCCGGAAACUCCUUGAGGUUGACCCAAACGAGAGACCCGACGCGAAGAAAGCCGCAGAGUUGCUUCAAGAGCUAGUAUCGCAGACCAGUAAUAAUGACAUAGCAGACGAAUGCGGGAAGUCCGUGAAUGUAAGACCCAGGCCAAUUCCUGAUAAAGCAGGGCCAGGAGAACAACCAAAGUGCAGUACAUUUAAUGAGCAUUCCGGUACUUCCCCGGCGAGACAUGACGCGUUGGACAAGAAUAUACCACUUCAUAUAUUAGAGUCGGUUAAGAAACAGGCAACCAUUCUAGAGCGGCGCGCUGGCGAAGGCCGGAACUUAGGAUCCAGGCCGACUUUCUUCUCCGGACGGGCAAAAGCAUUAUGGAAACUGUCACGGAACUACUGUAUAUCCAAAUGGGCAUCUAUGCCUUCCUCGAGUUUGAUCCUAUUCUACAACGAUUCAGGUGAUCGUGGGUCUGACUUGGCCGAAAUCAUGUCCAUCGUCGCGGCGCGUAUUCUGAAGGAUGCUGAGUAUCAAAAGCUUGAACAUUACGCUACCUAUUUCUUCUGCGACAGCGCGGACGGUGUAGUCACAGACAAAUUCUAGCCGGUCAAGCGAGGUCGCAGAAGCUAUCGACUCGGGCGAAACCGCUAGAAUUAUGAGCGUUUUUACCGAUAUAUACAGUAGGUUACCCAAGUCAAAGGUCAUUGUUAUCGUUUUAGACAGGUUAGGCCGGGGUAGCAGGAGUAGAGAUGGGGAACUAGUCGCUGGUCAGACCGCGGACAUGGUACGUUCGCUAGUCAAGCUGGUCCGCGACAAUAUCGAGUAUGGUUCCAGUAGUGCUCCGAUAAAACUGUUUUUGAGUAUUCCUUUUGCAAAAUGGUGUAAGAAGGUGAGAGAAGGAUGGGGUAUUAACGCGGUGGAGAUAG